UCUUUAGUUAGUCGUUUGCGUGGGUCCGAGUACUUCACUCUCCUCUAGAUCUCCAAGGUUUCCGGACUUCAUUACACAUCAGGGAUGAUGAUGAGGGGAUGCCUAGCUAUUCCUUUGGUUUUUGCUACGUUAUUGGCACUGACCACAGCCAGUUAUUGGUCCUAUGGCAGCAAUGAAGAGAGAUGCGAGGCGGAGUUGAAAGUCAUCCGUAAAAAUAUUAUUCUUCUAAAAUCGACAAUAAUUCAUCUGAAGGCAAAAAUAGCCAAACUUCCAUACAGGCCCAAACCAGGUAAGCCAGGGAAACCCGGACCCCCGGGUCCUAAAGGAUUACUUGGUAGCUCUGGAGCGAAAGGAGAAGAUGGCGACCCAGGCCAAAGAGGUGUUAAAGGUCCUCAAGGUGACCAUGGGAUCCAAGGCGAGAAAGGCGACAGAGGAGACCGGGGACCGAGAGGUAAAACUGGGCGGAAAGGUCAAACAGGUGAGACGGGAAAUAAAGGACCUACUGGAAACCAAGGUCCCAAGGGUCCUGAUGGUAUUAAAGGAGACCGUGGGGAAAAAGGAGAGAGAGGGAACAGGGGACCUCGGGGAUUUAAAGGUGCCAAGGGAGAGAAAGGGGACCAGGGAAUGAAAGGAGUCGUUGGAGAUGUUGGACCGAGAGGAGAAAGAGGAAUAAAAGGAAUUCAAGGCAGGCCUGGGGAAGUAGGAGAAAAGGGGGAGACGGGUCCGAAAGGUGAUAAGGGCGACAAGGGGGACCCUGGAAUGAAAGGGGAGAAGGGCGAUAAAGGAAUGACUGGUGACAUUGGCAUCACUGGAAGAACAGGAAAGAUGGGUCCUAAGGGUUUCAGGGGUUUGCGUGGAAUUAGGGGUCCAAAGGGGUUAAAGGGAGAUCAAGGGGAGAGAGGAAUGAAAGGAGACACCGGUGACGUUGGACCGCGAGGAAAAGUUGGAAGAAAAGGAGACAUAGGUGACAAAGGACCAAGGGGACCUAAAGGAUUUAAAGGAGAGCGUGGUGAGACAGGAAAUGUAGGAGAGAAAGGUGAUAAAGGCGAAACCGGGGAUGCAGGUAGCCAGGGACCUCAAGGAGAUAAGGGUCCAAAAGGGGAUCCUGGAGUUCCAGGCUCUAGAGGACCCACUGGAGAUAAAGGUCCGAGGGGACCUAAAGGACCCAAAGGACCUAAAGGGGAUAUGGGCAAACCAGGGUAUAAAAAUGCAUUCUGGGAUGAUUACAUCUAAUCACUUCAUGUCUCUACUGUUGUAUUUAUCUAAUAACUGAUAAUUUUGUUAAGUUGUUUGUAUAGAAAAUAUUAAGAAAAAUUAAAUUUGCGUACUCAAAAAAUUCUAA